AUGAAAUUUAGAUUNUGUGGAUGUAAUGAAGCGACACUGCGAGGUAAUGGUGUUAGUCGAACAUUAUGCAAAUACGGUGAAGAAUGUCGAACAAAAGCUUGUACAUUUACACAUUUAAAGCCACUGAAAGGUGCAACAGCAAGAAAACCUGAUUGCAAAAAUGAUGUGGAUUGUACUCGACCUGAUUGUCAUUUCAAUCAUCCUAAUGGGCGAUUAAUCGAUCAGCAAGCGGUAUCUUCAUCUAACGUUACACAACAAAACACUGCAACUUCCCGUGUUAUUUCCUCGCCAUCUCAAUUACGAAACCGUUCUCAUCAACUCCAGGAUUCACCACAAUCUGAUACUUCAUCGUAUAGUCGUAGUGGAUCUUCUUCAGCUCAUUUAAAGCCACUGAAAGGUGCAACAGCAAGAAAACCUGAUUGCAAAAAUGAUGUGGAUUGUACUCGACCUGAUUGUCAUUUCAAUCAUCCUAAUGGGAGACUAAUUGAUCAACAAACGAUCUCUUCAUCUAACAUUACUCAAAAAAACACUGCGUCUAGCCAUGUUAUUUCCUCGUCACCUCAUUUACAAAAACGUGCUCAUCAACGUCAUGAUUCACCACAAUCUGAUACUUCAUCGUAUAGUCGUAGUGGAUCUUCUUCAACAACAGGGGAUACAAGAAUACCCAUUUCUCGUCAAGGUACAAAACUUGAACAGUUAGUCUGCGCUUCUGAAAAUCCGAAUGGUAUAGAUAUUGAUCAAGCCCCUACUACUAACAAUACUAAGACAAUCAAGACUACAAUCAAUUCAAAACAUCAGCGACUGUCCGAUAGUGAACUAAUUGAAAUCAUCGAUAAAUUGUUAUUAAAAGCAGAAGAACAUGAUACUAAUGAUCAAGAAUCCACAAAUUAUGAUGAUGAACAAGAACUUGACGUCCUUCAACAGAACGCAUUACAAGAAUUAAGAUUACAAAAAAAUGAAUUUCAGUCGGCCAUUAACUAUUUAACUAAGGAAUAUAACGACAUUCUUGCAUCGACAAUAGAUAACACAUAUAAUGUAUUACAACUUCAACGUAUACAACAACAAUUAGAACGCGAAUCAAAACGUUGGCAAGCUCGUCUUCCUAUUUAUGCAAGACGCUCAGAUAUUAUUGAAAAACUGAAAAAAAAUCAAGUUCUGAUUUUAAAAGCUGAUACAGGUUCAGGAAAAAGUACACAAACAGUUCAGUAUCUAUGCGAUGCAAAUUUUGCUGACGAAAAACAAAUUAUAUGUACUCAACCACGUAAAUUAGCGGCACGAUCUUUAGCAGCUCGAGUAGCCGAAGAGUAUGGAUGUCAGAUUGGUGAUGAAGUUGGUUUUCAAGUAGGUGGUGGUCGACCUGCAACUUCAAAGAGAACCAAAAUAAAAUUUGUUACUGAUACACUCUUUCUCAAUGAAUAUCAAAACAAUCCAACGUUACAACAAUAUUCAGUCGUCAUAGUGGAUGAAGCACAUGAACGAAAAAUCGAUACGGAUAUAGCAUUUGGAUUGAUGAAACAAUGUUUGAGAAAAAGAAAAGAUUUAAAACUAAUUGUCAUGUCCGCUACGUUAGAUAUGGAUUUACUUUAUAACUACUUUGCACAUGACUUUAAAUGUGACGCAUUAGAAGUUGGUGGUCGAACCUAUCCAAUCGACGAUACAUAUCUUGAUGACGAUGUUGAGAAUUAUGUUCAAGCAUCAGUUACUAAAGCUAUUGAAAUACAUCAAAGUGAUGAAGUUGGCGAUAUUUUGGUAUUUUUAACCGGUCCAGAUGAAAUUGAUUUAGCUUUAGCUGAUUUACAUAAGAAAUUACAAAAUGACACAUCAUACAUAGGUAUGCCAUUACACGGAAAAUUGUCCGAAGAAGAAAAUGCACGAAUAUUUGAAAAGAUGCCAAAUAAACGUAAAAUUAUUUUCAGUACAAAUGUUGCAGAAACAUCUGUUACUAUUGAUGGGAUUAAACAUGUAGUCGAAAGUGGAAUGGUAAAAGAGAAAAUGUGGGAUGAAAAGAGAAAGAUGCAAGUGUUGAAGAUCGGACAAAUUACGAAAAGUUCAGUUAAACAACGACGUGGAAGAGCUGGAAGAACAUCAGCUGGAAAGGUAAGAAAACUAACAGUCAGAACUUAG